CCGUUUGCCACUUCUUCAUCCCGCCUGCCUGCGUGCGUGCGUGCGUGCGCGCGCCGCAUCCACGCCAACAUCCGCCGACUCCCCCACCGUGUGUCCCCGCACGGCGUCCACGGCAUUUAAGCACACAAUAAGCCGACAUCAGCCCGGAACGCGCGUCGGAGGAACAGCUGAUCGGCGCCUCGCGGGUGUCCUCGCCUCCGUCCCACUCUCUUGUCAUGCAGGAGGUGUAGCCCUCCUUCCUCGUCAAAGCAAAAAAAAAAGGAAAAUCCAAGCUGCAGCAAGAUGUCAGACCCCGACGCGUCCUCGCCGACAGACCCCCCGCUGCCGCUCACCUCCCCCCGCACCCCCCUGCAGCUCUCCUUCCCCUUCCUGAGGGAGGGGAGCCGGGUGUGGGAGCGGGAGCGGAAGCCGCCGCAGCCCGGGGAGCUGCCGAGCCCGCUGCCCACCAAACGCACCCGCACGUACUCAGCGACAGUCCGAGCCAGAUCGGGUCCGGUCUUUAAAGGGGUGUGUAAAAACUUCUCCAGGUCUCAGGGACAUGGAUUCAUACGCCCCACUCACGGAGGAGACGACAUAUUCGUUCACAUCUCUGACAUCGAGGGGGAGUACGUGCCUAUGGAAGGGGACGAGGUCACAUACAAAGUGUGCCCCAUCCCGCCCAAGAACCAGAAGAUCCAGGCUGUGGAUGUGGUGAUCACCCACCUGAACCCGGGCUCCAAACACGAGACCUGGUCAGGUCAGAUCAUCAGCUCCUAGACCGGCGCCCCGCUCAGCUGGGAACUGGGGAAAUUUGGGAUUAAUUUAGGUUUUUAUGUUAUCAGGGUUUGAGGUUUGGGACCAGGUCUAAGAAACAGGGAUCCAAGCUUGGAGCUUGUUAGUGGUUGGCUGGAAAAAAAAGGCUGGAGUUUGGAAAUGAAGCUUUGAAUGUAUCUGAUAGAAUGUUUUAUUUUGAAGGUUUUGGUUUGACCAUUUGAGCUGUAUGUUUUAGUUUAAGCUAGAUUUUAAAAGCCAGAGUGUUUAGUCGGGAAAUCCAUUGUUAUUAGCAAGGUGACAGCUUUGAUAAGCCUGGAUGUUGAAGAAACAGAUGGUUUAGAGGCCGAGACUUGAUGAACCCAUGUGUUUAUACUGGAACAGACUGAAAAGAUCAUUCUUACAGCAAAUUAAAUAUAAUACAGACUAGCAGCAUCUAGUUAGCACACCAGUAAACUAUACUGCUUGUUGUUUAUGCUAAUAAUAAUUAUCAUCAAGCGACAAUAUAGUGGAAUGAAAAAUCAAGGAAGGAGAAAACCAGUUAAUCAAUAUAUGGCAACAUUUGACUACAUUAACUCCUUAAAGUAAUUUCAGAAUCCACCGUCCAUGGACAAACCAAUAAUCUGGUCAGUUGAACUAAACUAUAAUUUUAAAGCAGCUUGUCAUGUAUUGUAUCUGGUUUAACCGCAGGGUCAUCAGCACUCAGAUCGGUGGAUGUUAUUUAGCUGUAGCAUGUUUUUGAACGAAUUACAGAAGAUAAACAGAUGUAAUUGAUAUUAACUGUGUUAUAGAUAUUGUGAAAUCCUCUCAUCUUCCACAGUGGAUGUAACUCAAAACUAUUUAAAUGGCGUAAUCCACUGGUGCUGUUAAAGGCCAGCGGGUUGGAUGGGCGCAUCCAGUAACGUGAAUUGAUUUCAAAGAUUCAGAAAAUGUAGCCUUGCACUAAUGUUUUUGGUUCUUUGUCUUCGGCACAAGCUGAGGCCUUGGAUCCGUAAAGCUGUCCUUUCUGGCUCUUAGGAUGUUUCUAAUCCAUAGACUUCAUAAUGUUCCGUGUGUUUGAAAUUAAAGGCGUAAUAAUCUCCGGCAGCUUGAAACGGACACUGGCGCAGUUCAUAUUUCCGUCUGCUCUCACUGCCUCAACAGAAAUAGCCAUGUGACGUCUGGAGCUUUACACAUGAACACGGCGGCCAGCUGUUCAACCACAUGUGUCCGCGUUUACAGCAGCAGGCGAUCGGUUCCAACGGCAGUGGAACACAACCUCCAAACGCGCUUCUCUGUUGAUCACAGCAGACUCGACAUGACUCGUCUCACUGCCUCAAGAAAACGAGUGUACUUACAGUUGCAGCCGAGUUUAAGAUAAAUUUAAUUAAGUCUCGAUGCCUUUUAGCCUCAGGAGCUCUGAUAAGCUGCAAACAUCAGGAAUCUCUUUCCUGUUUAGUGUUGUAGCACUGCUGUAUUUUGUCUCCUUGCAGGUGUAGGUCUCCGGUAUUAUUGUAGCCAGGUGUUACAGUGGGACGGUCAGGAUUUAGGCCAGAGGUGCUGGGCAGAGGAUGGAGUGAAGAUCUAUAGAUGUAUUUGAGCGCUGAUGCUUUGAAAUGUAAGUGGUAGGAAAGGAUUGAGGCCUGUCAAGUAAUCUUAUUAAAAAUAAAUAAGUUUACAAAAUUAGAUCUAAGCUUAUUUGUUUUCUUAAGAUUUUGAUAUAGACUGAUAUCACUCUCAUAGCUGUACAGUCGAAAUUAGGGUAAAGACAGUAGCCAAGUAGCUUAGCUUAUCUUAGCUUAGCUUAGCAUAGCUUAGUUUAUCUUAUCUUAGGAUAAAGACUAGACACCGUGGAAACAGCCAUGUGUUAUUUGUUUACGUGCACAAAAACCAAACACGGAUCAUUUAGCCGGCUCCCCACUGUAGCAUCGUUAGCCGCUAGCUGCUCGUUAGCGCCGCGGCUUCGCAUUUAACCUAGAAUGAGAGUGGUAUCAUUCUUCCCCCUUAACGCCUGGGAAGUAACUUUAACGGUUCCUUCAAAGCACUGAUGAGAUAAUCUUAAUUCAUGUUUUAUAUGUUUAAUGACAGGAGAGAUGAUCCCCUCGUGAAACCGUCUGUUUAGAAUAGUAGUUCACUGUAGAAAUUAGAAUGAGGAGGAUUUUAUGAUGGCAAUUUAUGUCACAGCAAAUGACUGGAGGCCAAAAAAACUGCAACAAAAGCUUCCUGAUGUGUGUUUUAAAAGACUUAUUUAUUGACGUAUUUAUUUUAAUUUGUAACUAUGGAAACAUCAGGUCUUUGUGAGAAUCUAAGUCUGUUUGAAUACACUGCACAUCUCACUCUGAUGAUCCUACCCAGCGAACAUCCCUUUGCUACUGUCACGUUGCUGCCAAGCGAAAAAAAGAAAUGAGACACAUUUGUAAUUUCCCCAUAAUCCUUGUCUAACCUUUCAGUACGUUAUCUUUGCUGUUUGUCCUCUUUUCUACGUUGAAUGUGUUGGUUCUUCAUCAUGCAGUAACGCAGCCGGAGCCUUCAGAGAAGUGCCGACAGGUCUCCUAUGCAUCUUUUGAUUUCUUCCGUAGCAAGUGGGAUUUAGCAUCACUAACACAAUGGUUCGGUUUAUUUACUGCGACAGAAACAAAUUUGACUGUGUUUCCAAGCACUUUUAUUUUUUGUCAAAUCACUGUGAUACUGUCAUUAAAAUAAAGUUUGAAUAAAACUUACUACUGGAUUCACA